UGGUGCAUCGUGUUGCAGUUCAGGAUGGGAAAAGUUCUGAUUUUGGUCGCCUUAAUGGUGGUUGCAUCUGUCAGUGCCCGAUUCGAUCGAGUCGCGAUCGGUGCUCGUCUGCGUCGUGGAGCUCCCAUGCGCUGUUGCAACGAUGGGUUCGACACUUCCGAAGUCCACGCCAAGUUUGAGGAGCUCCGCGAUGGUUGCAUGAAGGAUUUAGCCCUGGACGGAGUGCCCCACGAGGAGCUCGUCAAGAGCCGUGAAAAUCUGAACUGCAUCACCGAGUGCAUCGCGAAGAAGGAGGGCAUUGCCGAUGAAAACGGUGCACUUUUGCACAGCGAUUUGGCCGAAGCGGUGCGGGAGCAUAUGAGCUCGAUCGAGUGGAAAGUACCGCUGGUGGAUGGGUUCGUCAAACAGUGCUUCGAUACGGUCGACGUAGCGCACGCUGACUUCCAGCCCAGCGACGAGGCCAAGUGCAAUCCGGAGGGUUUCGAGUUCGUGUUUUGCCUUUGGCGCCAGUUUGCCCUGACCUGCCCGGAGGAGUUCCGCGAUGGGUCGGAAAAGUGCGUCGAGUUGCGUGAAAAGCUCACGAACGACGAAACUGCCGACGCUUUCCACAACGACGUCCACGAAGCUGAGUAGCGAUCGUUCACCGGUGCGCCUAGAAGGCAAGCAACCGCGAAGCAUACCCGGAAGCAUACCCCCAAAUGUUAUGUUAAAACGCACAUAUAAAUAAACGAGCGCAGCAUCGUCAUUUCCCGCGGAAC